AUGGCUGCUGGUUUGUGGUACCCCAGAUACUCCACCUUCCUCCGUCACUUGGUGAAGCGAGAGGUGGGUGAUGUCAGCAUUUUAGUGAACAACGCCGGCAUUGUGACAGGAAAGAAGUUCAUGGAUGCUCCUGAUUCACUGAUUGAGAAGACCAUGGACGUCAACAUCAUGGCUCACUUUUGGACCUACAAGGCCUUCCUUCCUGCUAUGAUUGCCAACAAUCAUGGGCACCUUGUCAGCAUUGCCAGCUCUGCUGGACUCAUAGGAGUCAAUGGAUUGGCAGACUACUGUGCCAGUAAAUUUGCUGCAGUAGGGUUUGCAGAGUCUGUGGGUCUUGAGCUGCUAGCAACUGGGAAAGAUGGUGUCAAAACUACGAUUGUAUGCCCGUACUUCAUCAACACGAGGGGGAGGAUCAGGAUUACUGAGUGUCAGAGCCAGUAUCAGAGAUGCGCCAGCCCACCAACCAUCACCACUUCACCAACCAUCACCACCUCACCAACCAUCCCCACCUCACCAACCAUGCCCACCUCACCAACCAUCACCAUCUCACCAACCAUCACCACCUCACCAACCAUCACCACCUCACCACAUGAGUGGCUCCAAGAAUGCCUUAAGCAGCUGAAGAUGCAUAAAGAUUUGCCUCGGAGCAUGUACCUCAUAGCUGGUCUGAAGAAUGUGCUGAACAUGAAGCAGGCCAUUGUUCUGGGCCAGUACCUGGGAGCCUUCAACCUCAUGGACGCGUUCAGGGGGCGCUCCAGGAAACAGGAGUGACGGAGAGGAGAAGCACUUAUGAAGAACACCUACGAUGGAAGGAUGGAUGCAUUAAAAUUAACAUCAACAACAAUUUAAUUGUUAACCCUCAAAUCAAGUGUUUCUUGGUGUAAUAUCAGGGAGAAGCACAUCUCAGUGUAACGAGCCUUGUAUUUUAAAUCUCAACUUCCCAAAUGAAUGAAUGAUUUUUAAAUGUGUUUUUAAAUUGCAUUAUUAUUAUUAUUAGUGAAUCAUUGUCAUUUUACAGUCUGUGAUAUAAUAUUAACAGGAAUACAUGUUGUUUUGUUAAUGCAUGCUAGUUUAAUUUAUUCUUAAGCUGCAUCAAAUGUGACGUUGUUGUGAAUGUUUCUGACAUUUCUGAAAUCGCCUUUGUGUAGAUUGUUUAACACUGACAGUUUCCAUCGUAAUUGUCAAUUAAAAAUGCUUAUAUGAUGUUGCUGCCAAAUUUAGUGCAUUAAUAAAGAACAUCCAUUUAC